ACCAAUCUUCUGUUUCAGUUUAUUAUAUCUGAUGGUGCAUGUUGACAGCCACACUAUAUCUAAAAGUAUUGAUAACGACCAAAGAGUAGAUGAUAUAUUCGACUCUAUCACCGACUUAGAAGGCACGAGAAGCCCCAAGCAGAGGAGAGACAGGAUACAACACAAGUACAGGUCAGACUACAAAGAUGAAUUCGUGAGACCCGAGUAUGUCUUCAAAGACACCAAACUGUACUCAGAUACAGACAGGACGACCCAAAAAGCGAGCCCAACGCCUUCCACGGAACACUCCAAACACCACAAGUCACCAAAACGGAGAGUUGGAAGUUUCUGGAGGAAAUUCAGAGGCAAAGAUAAAAAGAUCAAACAUGACAAUAAUUCAAGGAGUCGAAGAAUAUCGAGUAAUCGGGAGUUUGCACCAAAGUAUACCAUCACUGCAGUUCACCGCUCCAGCCUACUCAAGAAUAAGAAGAAAAAUAAUAAUCCAUUCACCCCACGCCCGGAAGGUGGACGUGGGCUGGGUACCCCACACCCACCUGACGGCAAAUAUGUUAAGAGGGACCUCGAUACUGCGAACACCGAAAAUCUCCUAGCUAUUGCGCACUCUUCAACCGUUGCGCCAACAUCCAACAAUAAUCCUUACUCGUCGCGCUCCAACUCCAAGCUACGAAUCGGCAUAACGCCCCAAUUCGACAACAUGCAGAAAAAUAAAUUCAGAAUAAAAACUGUAGAACCUUACAAGAUGACGGAGAGGGUUGUGGACCCGUUGGAGAAUUCGGAGGCAACGCAGAGCAGUGACAUCGGUUCUUUAGAGACCUUAUCUACGCAGCUGGCGCAGUUAAAAGAGAAAUAUGGGUUGACUAAAGCCACUUCGACCUACACUUUAUCGGCAUCAAAACACAGAACAGAAACUUCGACUCCCAAAAGUACGACGGCCACUGAAGGAGACUUUGCAGGCACGGCACAAAUAGAAGCAUUGCUAGACGAUAUCAAGAUGAAAGCCAUGGCAAGGAUUACUCAAGAAAGUCCCAUGGUGACCGAUAUUAUCACCAACACUGUCACUGAGGCGACUUUCGAAGUUGACCAUCUACUCUCACAGGCCACGCCAGGAUAUAACAAGGACGCUAUCGAGGCAUCAAAUGAUAUUUCCAAUCGUAAUGCUAAAAGGACCGUUUCGUCUGAGGAUGAAAAUAAAAUCUAUCUAAAAGACGCUACAUCAACACCUAGUACAGAGUCUCAUUACGUAGCUGCUCGGUCGAUCAAGGAAGACACAAUAACUAUGGCCCACAAUGUUGAAGAUAUGUUGCAGAGGGAACUGAAGAACAUUUACAAUAAAGUUAAACAUAAAGUGUCCAGCGAUUUCCGUAAAGAAAUUAAUAAAGCUAAAUGCACGAUUAAAGAAGGUCUUCAUAAAAUAUCUACUUGUGGUAAAUGUAGCAAUAUUACCACCACUAAGUCAACUGUAAGAAUGACAACCCCUACAAAGAAGGCACAGACAGUUAGUCAAAGCCACAAGUCUGUUGCUACAGAGAGAGAAAAGGCAACGUCCAGACAUGCCCGGAACACUCCGACACUUAAGACUUCUUCAAAGUCAGAUCUAGAAUUCACGAAGGUUACUUAUGAUGACUAUGUGAUGCUGACUCUAUACGAAGAGAUGCUAGCUAAAACUCACGAAGAAAACGUUAGAAAAAUGCUUGCGACUGCUAACGUAACAUCGAAGAAGAAGAGGAGGCACCAUAUCAAGUUGUCCAAGAGAAAUCCUGAGACUCUCACUAAUGUCAAACUUAGGGAAGUGGUUGAGAAGUUAUACGAUGAUGGCGGUAACAUGCCUGAAUAUGAUUAUAUAGAGCCAUCAAUAAACAUAAACAUGUCAAUGCCGUCUUCUGACAUGCCAGACUUAGAUAGCGGGUCCCUAGAACCGGUGGUUGUACCAGACACCGUUAUGGCGGAACCAGACCAACACAUCCACAAUUCAGUCCCCUCCUCAACGGUGUCUGGCACUCAGGAAGACCUAUCUGACACUAGUUUGGAAGGGUUGAGCAACAAGAUAUCGUACAACGACUUCGUGAACGGUUACAAACACUACCUAAAAUUUCAGAAAGAGCAAAGUAAUCAGAACUUUUCCAACUUAGUGAAGUACCAGGCUCACAGGCAUCAUAGCGUCGAUGAUAUUGGAAAAUUUAUUCUUAAUAAGAUUCCUCCGUUGCCCUCUCUAAGGGGAAAAAGAUUUUUGGACGAGACUGACAUGGAUUACCAAGAGAUCACUACCAAAAGUGACGAUUCUUGGUUUAAAAAGCACUUUUACCUCUUCAUUGACAACGGUCCACCGAAAAAGUUUCACACAGCUCAAACUGUAGAGCUGAAAUCUGCUGCAACUGAAGCGCCGAAGACAUAUGUGACGAAUCCCAUGUUACCUCAACCUGUCCAAAAAGACCAAGUUUACAUCAGCAUAGGUGCAGAUGAAGGACAGGUAGGACUUAGAACUACUACCAUGGAUACAUCAUCGAUGAAUUUGGAAGAUCUCUCGAAAGUUUUGGAUUCCAUCAAGAGCAAGCAGACUAUAAGCCCCUACUUGAGAGGUUUAAAAACAUAUAGCAAGCCUUAUGUCAUGCCCAACGUCACUGUCACAGAAAAUGCCAUUCUGCAAAUCAGAAUGAUGCCACAGAAUGUUAUUGGAAAACUUUUCGGAGGGAAUCGAAGGCAGGCCCAUCCAAGAAACCGCUGGACUUAUUCAGAUGACUGGUCACCUAUAGAUAUGUUUACAGAGACCCCUUCGAACAGAUGGAAGAGAACAGUGAAAGGUAGCGUCACUAUAAUGGAAGAUUUCAUCAACAAAGACCUAGAAGAGAAACCGACUACAGGAUCGAAAGAAGUUUUCGCCGAACCAGCCAUCAAAACGAGAGAAACGAACAAAUACGGAUACGUUGACAUAGAUCUAGUGCCGAGACAAACGGCGGUCGUGAAGCUACGGGAGAACACGAAAAAGAGCAAAUUCAAAAACUUUUUUAAAAGAUUCCGUUUUAAGAAAAGCAAAGGCAAAGCUAAGCAGAAUAAACGCUCCGCAAACGGCUAUUACGGGGAUGACACCUACGGCUAUGGACAUAGACGAUCAAGGUUCAAUCCUAUAAAGAAGUUAAAGGAUAUGUUUCAUGUGAAACCUGAGCCUGGAAAAGAGGAGAGUCCGGUGUAUAACAUGCCGCCUAACAUGCCGCCUAACAUGCCCGAUUACGACAUGAUGACGUCACACAUAGAUACGUUCAAGCCUGUAAAGUAUGACAAGCCGAUGUCGCUUGAUGAGAUGCAGAGACAGAUACCUAACAUAAGCGAUAUAGAUGCCCUAGCCACGAAGCCGACGACGGGGCUCACUUCGUUCCAUUAUCGGCUGGACGAGAGUGACAGCGCCUUAUUGUCUAAUGACCAUGCUUCUUCCCCCAUGCCUUCAUUGCCGGAGCAGAAGGUGUACUCUUCAACUCCUCAAGCAACUCCACAAGUAUUGGACUUGCCAACUGACUGGCGUGAGGCAGCUGUGGCAAUCACUGGCCAAACCGUGAAGACAGCUCAAAAGGACCCGACACCGUUAACAUCAGUAGAUAAAACCACAACAUCAGCAACUACAAAGUCUACUACUAUUACUACACAAGCGACGACCACCAUCAGACCCACAGAGGACAAUGUCAAGAAGACCAACAUUCACUUCAAUAAAAUCACCAAGACACUGAAAACAACAGUCCAGCAGAGGCAACCACCAAACAAUGUGAUGACUGUUAACCUAAAGACGUUGAAAACACCCAAAACUAAAUCCACCAGAGUCUCAAAAGUCACCAAGCGGAGUACUACAACCAUGACCUCCACCUUCACUACCACCACAACUCCUGCUCCUCCUCCUACAACGCAAUCUACUGAAGUAUUUAAGGCUGAACCUGCUCAACUGUUCAGAACUAGUCCCUCAGACCUAUUUGAUAGAUACUCCACAGACCUGUUCGACACAGAGGCCCCACAUGUCAUGACGUUAGAUGAUAUAAACCUCAUACUACGAAACAUUCAACACAAACUCCAAAAAUUUACAUCAACCGAGUAUCCUAAGAUAUCGACGAACUUCUUCAAAAGAGGAACUAUGUAUGGCAGGAAAAACUAUAACAUUCCAGUAUCGAUACCUAAGCCACCAAGGGAAAUUGAGGAGCUGACGGUCAAAACAAAAUUGACAAGGAUCGCUAAAUUCCCAAUUACAAAACGGCAGUAUAAAGUAAAAAAUGUACAAGAAAUACCAGUACACGAUCAAAGCGAUUACCCCGAUUACAUCAAUGACGAACAUGUUAAAGAGUACCCACGUUUAAGAAAUAGGAAUUCAGUCGCAGACAUGAAAGUUGCCGGAAAACACAAGCAGUUUUAUUCUUCUACGCCCAAAGAGAGAUCGGGCAAAAAGAAGUACACAGACUUCUUCAAUGACUUAUUGAUGUGGCACAAUGAUAUACUGAACCUAGACAAAGUACCGAGCCCAGUGUGGAACGAUAUCUUGAACAAAGUUCAGGCGAACACUGUGGAAAGUUACACAACUCCAAACAUGACCGACAUUUUGAAGGAAUUAAAGGAAAUGAAGGAGUACUUGGCCGAAGCCGACCUGGCUUCAGUUGGGACAGCAAACCAUUCACAGAAGAUGGAGCCGUUGCUGCAGAUGGCGUAUACUGACAUGCGGAGGCGUCCUAAAGUACAUAAGCAAGGAAUGAUACAGAGCGUGGCCAUGGAUGAUAAUGCAAUAGUGACGAGCAAAGAUUUUUUGAUCCGAGGCGAAGCGAAGUACUACCAGUAUAACAGGCCUGGCUUAAUUGCGAAGAAGAUAAAGUCCAGUGAUUUUAUCACGAAAUUGGACAGACUUGGUGCUUACGAUGAUGAAAAAAUUAGCAAAGAUGUUCCUAGACAUUUAGAUCCUUCUUCUCCGUUCUACGACACGAAAGAGCCCGCGAUCCUAGUUGACACCACUCUCAUGGCAUACGACGAUGACGCUGAUUCCAUAACUAAAGGGUUAGAAGUCAAGAAACUGUCUAGAGAUUCGCAGAAAUCUAACAAGGUUCCUAAGAAGCAUGGACAGGCAUUCACACCAUUUUUGAAGACAAACAAACCACCAAUGCAGUACUUCACGACGCCGCUACCGAUGAAAUCGAACGAAUUUAAUAAGUUCUUGAAAGAACACAUGAUGGACGUUGAGUCUGUUACCUCACCGACACUCGAGCUACCAACCUUUAAUAAUAAGUGGGUCACUAGACCACAUAAAUAUCCUACUAGCACAGCUUUGAAGUCUCAAGCUGCAGUCACUAAAGCAAGUGUUCAAAAACUAGCAAAAAUUGACAGCUUAAAAAAAUUGAACAGUGAACUACUGAAAUCUAUCAAUUACACCAGCCAGCUUAUGGUGAAAGCCAAGCCGGCUGAUCACCAUCAGCCUUCACCGCGGCCACAAGCAAACAGUAAAAAAGAUUCGUUUGUAGAUGAUUUUGAUAGACAAAAAAGGUACAGUGAGGUCAGUAAAGUGCCACGAGUCGCGUCAGUGAAGACAGAUAAGGUGACACAUGAAGCCAACUACUAUAACAUGAUAAAGAAGAAAAUGAAAGAAAGAUUGUUUGAGAAGAAAGGCACGCCAGCAGAACGCCCGUCACUUGAAACGGUCACACUAGAUCCUCGGAACAAAGAAGUAGAAAUCACUAUAAUAAAUUUUGAUGAUAUUGAAAAACUAACUACGCCGCAGACUUACGAAACGUAUGCAUUGCCAGCGAUAAAGAAAGAAGAUAGUAAUUUGAUGACCAUCCCCCCGUACUCGACAGAAUUAGACAAGACUACAAUGACAACACCACCACCAACAACAUCAACGACUGAAUUUGGGUCAAAAUUCGACUUUGGUGUAAAAGAUGAAAUGCAUAAUGGUUUACUUUACAAAGACAUUUUUAGAGAACACGAUAAAACGACAACGACAUCAACAGAAUUUUCUACGCAGGACAGUAAAAGUACAACUGAGUAUGUGGAUCCAUCUAUGAAUGAAACUCCAUCGACCACUAAAAUAAGGUACCCAUUUGAGAAGAUACCACAGCUGUACCCAAAUAUUUUGGGGAAGAUGCCACAUGUGAAGAAUUUCAACGCUGCUCCUAAGAGAGUGCAAAUCAGUAGCCACCACUACAAAUACGAUAUCUUCUAUGAUGACACCAGGAAGAUUAUGAAGUCGUCUGGUUUUGACUAUCAUACUAAAGACCCCAUGGACGCGGUAGCAGUGGGAAACAAGAGAUCACAGCUGAGAGACAACAUCGUAGUCCUUCGUCACCCAUCUGCUCCCGUUCGAGGAAAGCAAGGCACGUCCAUGAAUUUUGGGAAGAGAUCUCAACUGAAGGACAAUUACCCCAGAGCGCCUACUAUUUUUAGAAAAGGCGAGACAAAGAUUGAAGUAAUCAGAAAAAUCGACCGAACUGCGAAGAGGACCAGGCAUAUAAGAAGGGUUUCAGAUACAGAAGUCACACGCAAGCAUAGACUGUUUACGUGGCGCGGAUGCAAACCGAAGCCAAGUGGAGGACUGUCAGCGCCGGGAGAGAAUCCAGAAGACCAGUACACUGAGGAAGCACGGUCCUCCUUGAACCUCGGAGUCGCUGCGGUUAGCGUUGGGUUCCCCAACAGCGAUGCCGUUACCGUGGGACCCGACAGCGGUGCCGUUACCGUGGGACUCCGUAACGUUGCCGCCUCGGUGGAACCUGACAUCACCAUACUCCGUGAAGUCUCCACACAGCGUGAUGUUGCCAUUAUGGCUGCUAUCACAGGUAGCCCUACUGCCAUCUCUGGUUUAGCACCGAGCUCGCCCGUGUCGGCGUCAGUGUCAGCCCUCACAGCAUCGAUGGCAGCCUCCACAGAGGGGACCCCACAACGUGGCUCUCUAAUCUACGACCUUAAACACCUUCGCCGAACCUCAGCCAGCCCAGCAAACAAAGACAAAAGCAAGGACAAAGACCGACAUAGGAGACUCUUCAAGUUAUCUGCACUAUUACAUGACAAAUUCAAGAGUCUAGUGAAAAAUUUGACGACAGCUAAGCGCGCCGACACAACGAUAUCGACUACAAAGCACGCGACUAAAGCUGACUCAAAGAGUGAUUCAACCCAAACCACGCAACAUAGAGCAAAGAAGAAAGAAAAAGAAGAAGACAGAGACGAUUUAAAAGCUGAAGGAAUAAGCAUUACUUGCGGGCCAAAAGAAAACAAAGAGCAGAAGGAGGAUCUGAAGUGUACGAAGAAACAUCCACUUAACCCGAAAACAACGACCACAACAACACAUCACAAGGAAAAAGAGACCGAGGUUGAGACUGAGGCAACGACUGAAACGCAGAAGCCACACUAUAAUAAGUGCUUGGAUCGUAAAGGCCACGUGGUCCAUGACCUACCAAACGAACCCAUUUACAUAGAGCCUGACAACUACAGCGAACAGGAAUACUAUGAACUAGGGCCGCAGCACCACGAUCCGACGCCUCCGCCACCGCCCUGUCCUGCUGAAGCAACCUUCUUCGGCAAUCACAUCGAGAUCAAGCGAGACCUCCAAACGCAACAGAAUACCUUCACAGCCAAAGACGUAGCAGCCUUAGAAGUGAUCGUAGAUCUCAUGAAGAACACCCUCAGCUAUGAGGAGAAGGAUAUAGCCAGCGUCUUCCAAACAAACAACUACAUGGCCCUACCACACGCCACAAAGUCCAUACAUCCGUCCAACGAGAGCACAAAUGCCAUUCAAGUCCACAUCGCUAUUCCCUUCGACUUCCAAACUGGCAAGAAAAGAUCUCCUCUUGAUCCAGUGAGAGUGAGGAAGGUGUUCUCAGCUAAAAUGUCAACGCCUGUCGACCUGGAAUACCAAGUUCAUUCGUUUGAGGGCACUGUCGAUCCCACGACAGAGUCCACUGUCACUACCACCAACAAAAGUACCACCGCUGCUGUCACCUCCCACGUGAGCGUAGAAGGAGCGCUGUCACCAGGCAUGUAUCUCUUAGUCGACAAACCAAAAUCUGGUUUUGCUCUUAAACCAAUCAAAGGCAAAAUAAAUUUAUCCGAUUUAAAAACGCGGCAAGUACCAGCUACCACUGCUAGCAUGUCAGAAUCAAAACCAACUGAAACUAGAGAAGAAACUAAGAGCAUAGCAAGAGUGACGCUGAGCAAAGACUUCAUAGCAGCGUUCAAUAAACAACUGAUACAGAUGUACGAAAACGUGAGCCGAGCGACCCUGGAGCACUCUAAUAAGCCGCGGAAUGAAAGGCAAAUUUGGAAAUCUCGAGAGAUAAAAGCAGUGACCGAGGAAUAUACAGGUGACGAAGAAAAAUACGUGUUCAAGAGACGCAUUGACUGGGACGCUGUCAAAAAGUAUUUUGGACAUGAUAGAGUUUGUAACUGCAAGUGUAAAACUGAUAAGGCGAUGUGUAAAGCGUGCGCGGCUAGCGACGCUGUUAUAGACGAACUUAUAUUUGAGUUCGACAAUAUAGGCCAGUACAUGAAGGACCACUGCACGGAAAUACAAACGUUCUUCUGGAUGAACCCUGGUGGGGGACAGAAGCUGAGAGACUCGGUGAGCAGGAUCGACAAGAGUUUGGCCGACUACUACAAAAGAGUCAGAGGAAAGUGCCAAGGAAGAACUUGCAAGACUUUUACUACUUACAUUGACAAGAGACAAUUAUUGGUGAAAACUUCAAAAGAGACCAGACCAGAUUCUUUGACACACAUGAACAGUGAGUUAGCAGUUCUCGCAGACGACUUGGACAAAACUGUGUCCUUACAAGCAUGCUUCAAUCAAAAACUUAUAGAAGAAGGCGACAAGUUUAUCAAUAUACUAAAUAAAUGUAUUAUGAAAAAUUCAAUAGAGAAGCGAUCAAACACGCCGCAGAGUCCACCGAAGAAGAAAUUGAUUAAAAACGUUUACUCCCUCGACAAUAUCAAUGUUAAUAUCAUUUGUAAUCCAGAAAGUCCUUCUUCAUCUGAAUCGUUUGAGCACACGUCAUCACUCGCACCACAUCAAGACAUCACGUCAUCACAUCUCAACGAUCCACUCUUCGACUACGUUCUUGCAGAACCUAAACACAAGAAGCGCAAAGGAUUAAAGAAGUUGUUUCCGCGCAAGAGUAAAAAGAAGUUUUUCACAUAUUACACUUCAGACUACACUAAGCGACCACGUCUGCACUUCAAACGGCAGGUGAACUACGGCAUGAUGACUCCAUUGAUAUCUGACGGUGGUGGCGCAUUCUGGUAUGAUUAUAUAAAACCCAGCACAAACGAACCCCGCGUGGCCAGAGAAUCGAAACAAGAUAAAUCCAUUCAAAUCGCUGUAGUACAGAAAGAGGCGAAUGGGGCGCCAAAAAUCCAAAAGAUAAUGGACAAAUCCGUUCGACAUCCUUCUUCGAACUCUUUGUUUAUGACUGUGAAGACUACUCCAAAGAGAGAUUUCAGGGACACAGAAACUACGAUCGAUUACUUGACGCACAACAUCAAUCAAUUACUGCAACUGUUUGGGAGUCUACAGGACAUAGAGACAAUGAAUAAGAACUCUAACAGAUCCACAAUGUUUUUAAAUCACACGGCAAAGCUUAAGGAUGAUCAGACUAGUAAAAUUCACACUGAUUUAGAUAAAUCAACGCUAGAAAAAAAAUCAACUAAAUGCAUUAAAAAAGUCAAAACCAAAAUGCAUUAUAAAACCGAUACUACGACAGAAAAACCUACAACUACUACACUGAAGGCGAAAACAACAACAACAACCCAACAAACCACACUGACUACUGAACACACGGGAAAACAAAGCGAAGAAAAUGAUAAAGAUAUCACACUAAAAGAAAAACAAAUGCAACCAAAUAUAAAAGAACCGGUCUUGAAAGAAAAACAAAUAGAACAACAUGAAAAGGAAUCUGAGUUAAAAGAAAAACAAUCUGGACAAAAUGAAAAACAAUUUGAGCAAAAUUAUAAACCUCCUGAAUUAAAAGAUAAACAAUUUGAACAAAACGAUAAGCUUUCCGAAAUAAAGGACAAACAAUUUGAACAAAACGACAAACCUUCUGAACUUAAGGAUAAAUCAUUUGAACAAAAAGAUAAGCAAUUCGAACCAAAUGACAAACAGUCUGAUCAAAUUGAUAAGCCGUCAGAAUUAAAAGAGAAACCUUCAGAACUAAAAGACAAACAAUUUGAACUGAAUGAUAAACCUUCUGAACAAAUUGAAAAACCCUCUGAAAUAAAAGAAAAACCAUUUGAACAAGGUGAAAAACAAACUGAACAAAAUGACAAACAAUCUGAUCUAAGAGAGAAACAAAUUGAACAGAGCGAAAAACAACCUGAUCAAAUUGAUAAACCGGCUGAACUAAGAGACAAACAGUCUGGCCAAAUCGAUAAGCAAUUUGAACAAAAUGAUAAGCCUGCAGAACUAAAAGGGAAACAGAUUGAUCAAAACGACAAAACUUCUGAAGAAAUCGAUAAACAAUUUGAUGCAAAUGACAGAUCUGAUGGGGUGACAACUAGCUUAGACACUAAUUUUGAUUCACUGGAUACAUUGGAAUCGAAGAUAGAGAACGGAACAUCAAACUGCAAAACAACAAAUGCGACCGCAAACACAACUGCAGCCCCUGAACCUAAGAAGCCUAACUGUAAACAAAAAUGUCCACCAAAUCCCCUAAAUGCCAGCGAUACUAUAAUCAUACGGGAUACGACCAGUCUGCUGAUGGGCGGGAAGUCCAGCAAAGAUAAAACAACCAAACUUGGAAGCAUAUCCACCACUAUAACCCCUGCAAAAAAGUCAAGUUUGCAAACGACUACAACAAAAAAGGAUGAAUUUGCGGAUCCUAAAGCACCAGUUUUUGAGGAGGGAGAAACUACCACGCAAGUAACUACGACGACAACAACAUCUAGGAGUUUCUUAGGCAAACUGAAAACGGCUACGUUGAAGUUUUUCGACAGCGUCACUCAUAGGCCAAAACAUCCUCAGAAAACAGUUAAAACAACCACUGUUACUACUACCGAGACAACUUUAUCCACACGAGCAAUAGAUAAAAUUAGCAGCACAGAGACUGACCCUAUGUAUUUCGAUGACACUCAAGUCACUACACGUAUAAGUCCAACUAUAGUCAUAAUAAACGAAUAUGACAAUCAGAUUAACAGCGAUAUUUUAGACGAUCCAAAUAAAGACGUGAAUGGAUAUAGAAAUUUGUUACUGUCCAUAAUACAGUAUGAAACGAAUAAACUAAAUGAUGAAUGGCAUAGAAUUGCUUAUGGCGAUACAGAGGAGGUUGGUCUUAAAAGGAGUGUUUCGCAGAUAAAUAGACAAACAACCACAACUACGACAACCAAAUCAAAUAAGAAGCCAAAACUAAAAGUGGCGACUGCUGCUGAUGAAGAAUAUGAUGUCAUCGAGGGCAUGAAGGCUUUAAAGAACCUGGAGAUACCAGAACCUACGGCGAAGACCCGGAAACCAGCAGGUCUACUCAAUAAGAUUGUUAACAAAAUGGGAAUUAAAGUGGUAACUCCCGAGAAAAAGCAGGCAGUCAAGAAGCCUACCCUUAGGGAGGUGGGGAGCCGCAAGAAGCUGAAUAGGAAGCGACGACUGAAGCUCAACAGCUGGAAGAUGGAGCCUUCCACCAUGCCGGACAUUGAAAAUCGGCAAAGGAAGGUAGUGGUAUUAUAUUUCCCGAAUUUAACACACGUGCUUUGUUUCAAGAGGCCUGUGAUACUCGUCGGACACCCAAAACAAGUCAGAUUUGUGACAUACAGGCCACCAUUGACCACAUCAAGCUACUACAAAAGAAAGUAUCGAAGGAAGCUUUCGAGAUCUUAG